ACGCAUUUAGUCCUGCAUCACAUCAUGCCUAGCUCCCUAUUAACUGUACAUUUUUUAGUUUUGAUAGUUUCCUUUCCAAUUUAACUUCUGGCUCUUCCGUUAAUGACUUUUCUUGAUUCUUUCUUCUCUCCCUUCCUGUUUUGAACUUUUAAGGCCUUUUUAUAAUUAUAAUCAAAGCUGGACCAGAUUAAUGGGCUACAUUCUCCUUGAUUCGCUGUGCUUUUAUUUUUGAGCUGUGGUACCCUUCUGGUUUUUGCUGGCUUGUAAAGAGGAAGUCAUCUUGUCAUUUUGUCAUUAUAGCAAUGGGAUUUCUUUGUAAUAUCCAGUAAAUGUAAUGCAGGAGGGAUGGCCAACUCAUGUUUGCAUCUGAUUAUAUAUGUUUGCAUAGGCAGAUUGGCUGCUGCUUUUUUGUCCCCUCAAUUUAUUUGCUGACAUUCCGUUACAUAAACAAAGGCUUAACCUAGUUAUCAAUAAGAAGCAUUAGAUCUGUUAUUUCCGUGUCAUCUGAUUUUGUGAGCUUGCAGGAUUGCUUUCUUUGCCCUACUGGAUUUGCUGCAAACAUGGCGUUGAUAUCAGCUUUAGGAAGUGUUAGCUCUCUUUUGGUUGCUGGUAGAAAACCAUCUAAAGAAGAAAGAAUUGCCAUCUUUUCUGAUGCCUUGAACCAUGCAUCAAUAAUUGAUGGUAUUCGCCUCGCUAAACAGCUUCGUCAAGUAGAAGUUUUUAUUUAUAAGCACUGCGACAUGGAUCAUCUCAAUACCCUGCUAUCUUGCUGCAAAAUAAACAAGAAAGUUGUCAUAACAGAUAGCCUUUUCAGUAUGGAUGGUGAUUUCGCUCCAGUAAUGGAACUCAUCCAUCUACGCAGAAAAUACGGAUUUUUACUGGUGAUUGAUGAUGCUCAUGCAACUCUUGUAUGUGGGAAGAAUGGUGGCGGCGUUCCAGAAAUCUACAAGUGUGAAAAUGAUAUUGAUAUAUGUUUGGGUACCUUGAGCAAAGCUGCAGGUUGCCAUGGCGGUUUCAUUGUUUGCAGGUGAUCAUGUGCACUAACUCUAUUG